CAAUCGGGAUGUAGGAUUAAUUGCGUUGCCACAAAAGCGUGGCGGGGAAUGUAUCCUAGUCCAUCAUAUAAUGACACAGUUAGGCUUCUUCAGGCACACAGAUUCAGUUCACUCGCUCUGCAACUUUCCUUUCCACUUGGCUCCCGUAUUUCCAAUCUCGAGCUUUUGCUAGCGUUUCUCUGAACUGCUUUAGAACCAUGGCGAUCGCUAUGUCCUCCGUGAGCUGCAUCUCAGGUGCUAAGCUCUUCUCAACCCCAGCAGCCUACCAGGUGACUCGCCGCGCCGGCGUUCAGCGGAUCAGUGCUGUGGCCGACAAGGUCUCCCCCGACCCCGAAGUUGUUCCCCCCAAUGUGCUCGAAUACGCCAAGGGAAUGCCCGGAGUGUGCGCUCCAUUCCCAAACAUCUUCGACCCUGCCGAUUUGUUGGCUCGUGCUGCCUCUAGCCCUCGCCCCAUCAAGGAAUUAAACAGGUGGAGGGAGUCUGAGAUUACCCACGGCCGUGUGGCCAUGCUUGCUUCCCUUGGAUUCAUCGUGCAGGAGCAGCUCCAGGACUAUUCUCUGUUCUACAACUUCGACGGGCAGAUCUCUGGCCCUGCCAUCUACCACUUCCAGCAGGUUGAGGCCCGCGGUGCCGUGUUCUGGGAGCCCUUGCUGUUCGCCAUCGCUCUUUGCGAGGCCUACAGAGUUGGACUUGGGUGGGCUACUCCCCGCUCCGAGGACUUCAACACCUUGAGGGACGACUACGAGCCCGGCAACUUGGGCUUCGACCCCUUGGGUCUCCUCCCCUCUGACCCCGCCGAAAGGAAGGACAUGCAGACCAAAGAGCUCAACAACGGGCGUCUUGCCAUGAUUGCCAUUGCUGCCUUCGUUGCGCAGGAGUUGGUCUCGGGUGAAGAGAUCUUCGUGCAUUUGUUCAAGAGAUUGGGCCUGUAAAGUGACCGUUCAUUGUAAAUACCUCUCUCAACGACGAACGGCAUGGGUUGUGUAUUUAGAGCAGGGUGGUUAAUGAAGCAUCUGCACUGAGUUUAUUGCAGCUAGAAUUCUGAUUGAUUCGCAGUCGUAGCGUUGAUGAUAUCUGCGUGUGCAGAGUGAGCUCUGCCUAAUUUUUGAGGCUACAGAUGCUAGUUAGGAGGUGAUGCAGUGACGUUUCUCACGGUUGAGAAUUGUAACAUUUGCGUUCCAUGUGAAAAUGAUUUGCAAUGAAGGCAACGUUCCAUAAACC